CGCGCGCGCGGGCUCCCGUCCCGGCUCGUGCCGCGGCGGCUCCACCGCAGGGCCCGUUGCGGGCUCCAUCCCGCGGUCCCGGGCCGCUCGCGAGGCGACAUGCUGAGGCGGACUCUGGAAAACCGGGACGCCCAGACCAAACAGCUGCAGGAUGCGGUCUCCAACGUGGAAAAGCACUUUGGGGAGCUGUGCCAGAUCUUCGCGGCGUACGUGCGUAAAACGGCCCGGCUGCGGGACAAAGCUGAUCUCCUAGUGAAUGAAAUUAAUGCCUACGCAGCCACCGAGACGCCCAACCUGAAGCAUGGGCUGAAGGACUUUGCUGAUGAGUUUGCCAAACUUCAGGAUUAUAGGCAAGCUGAGGUUGAAAGACUUGAAGCCAAAGUAGUUGAACCUUUGAAAAGUUAUGGAACUAUUGUGAAAAUGAAACGGGAUGAUCUCAAAGCAACUUUAACAGCAAAGAGUCGAGAAGCUAAGCAGUUAACUCAACUAGAAAGGACGCGUCAACGGAAUCCAUCAGAUCGGCAUGUCAUAUCACAGGCAGAAACAGAAUUACAGAGAGCUACAAUGGAUGCCACCAGAACAAGUCGGCACCUGGAAGAAACAAUUGACAAUUUUGAGAAGCAAAAAAUAAAGGACAUAAAGAAUAUAUUUUCAGAAUUUAUAACUAUUGAAAUGCUGUUCCAUGGUAAAGCUUUAGAAGUCUACACUGCUGCCUACCAAAAUAUACAGAAGAUUGAUGAAGAAGAAGAUCUAGAGAUUUUUCGGAGCUCUCUCUAUCCACCUGACUAUUCAACUCGUUUAGAUAUUGUUCGAGCAAAUUCAAAAUCUCCUCUUCAGAAAUCUAUUUCUAUCAAGUGUAUAUCCGGAUCAGGACAGCAGAUUCCAACCACUCGGAUAAGAAAAGAUCGCCAAGAUGAUGAUGAAGAGGAUGAAGACGAAUUGGAUGUUACAGAGGAAGAAAAUUAAUUUUAUAUGUGCUUUUAACAGUUCCCCUCAAAAUCAUCAACUUCGGCUUAUUAAAUGAGUGUCAAUUGUCCCGAAAAAAAAGCAAUAAGAAAUUAACAUGUACAUAUGUAUACAUAUAUACACCAUUAACAAAUAUUGCAAAAGAAUCUAACAGUUUUUAAAAAUAAAUGUUUUGAGGAAUUAACUUCACAAUGGAAUAUGAUUAAAGGAAAUUUCUGUAGCCCAAAAAUUAAGUAGCUAAAAUGAAAAAUAUGCCAUUAGUUUCAUUCUUUAACUGAGGUUAUGGUAUUUGUUUAAAUUUAAAUUUCAUCUUUAAAGAACUUCAAAAUAAUUAGCUUGAAAGCUAUCUUUAAGAUUUUGUCAUAUCAUACAAAUAGAUGUGACAGUGGCCAAAAAAGAACUAUCACCUCUUGGUUCCCUAUGUAACUAACAGUUUCCAUACCUUCAUUUAAAAAAAAUCAGUUAAAAUUCCUUUAAGAAUCAUUCUGACAAGCAUUGUUCCAUAAAGUACUUUAUGGUUUUUACUUCCUUUUUAUCAAUUACAAAAAUUGGGAAGUUUUAUUUUCCAGGUCAGAUCUACCUAGUAACAUCUACCUAGUAACAUCUUUAAAUAAUCCAACAGGGGUAACUGAGCAAAAGAAAUUAGUCCAAGGAAGUUGGUUGUAUUUAUAUAUUCCAUUUUAAACAUUGGAAGUAGGUUGUGAAAAAAUGUAGCAGUCUUCAUGAACUCAAAAUCAUAAUUAUGACAAUGUGUGAUGCUGACUUUGGAAAACCUAUUUUGAGAUGCUAUUUCCCCACAGAGGAAUGAGGCACAGGCUGCUAAUAAAGAAAUUCUGAAAUUGUAUUAGGACUUCUAAACACUAAAAUGUAUUCUUAUUAUUAAUGACUCAUUCUUAUACCUGGAAAUAUCGAGUUGGGAGACAUUUGAAUCAUAGGAUUUUAGUAUGUCUAUGACAUUUUUUUCAUUUCCAGGAUUUCCUUCUGGGAAAAUAUUUGUAAUCUUAUUUCAUUGAUCCAGACAAGCAUAUUUUACUAAGUGUGAAAUUUAUUUCCUUUGGAAUACUAGAAAAGCUAACUAUUCACAACACAUAAAAAUAAAGACUUUACAGAAACUA